UCCAGCUACCGCCACUGCUAGUCUAGUAUAGCAUCUAGAGAGGGGAGAGGAGAUUCAUGUGGAGGCGAUGACGACGUCGAACGUGGUGGUGCUAGACAACGGCGGAGGCCUAAUCAAGGCCGGAAUAGGCGGCGAACGGGAUCCUAGUGCCGUGAUCCCCAACUGCAUGGGGAAGCCUCCCUCCUCGAAGAAGUGGCUGAUGGGCGACCAACUCCACUCCCACUCGGACCUCACCUCAGUCUCCCUCCGCCGCCCAUUCGACCGCGGAUACCUCCUCAACCCCGACCUCCAACGUGACAUCUGGUCCCACCUCUUCUCCAACCUUCUCCGCAUCUCCCCUUCCCAGUCAUCUCUCCUCCUCGUCGAACCCCUCUUCAAUCUCCCUUCUAUUCAACGCUCCAUAGACGAGCUCGUUUUCGAAGACCUAGGCUUCCGCUCCCUUUUUGUCGCCGAUUCACCUUCCCUCGUCCACCUCUACGAGGCUAGCCACUGCCCCUAUGGUCUCCUCGCUAAGUCCCAGUGUAGUCUUGUUGUGGAUUGCGGCUUCUCCUUCACCCAUGCCGCCCCCGUCUUCCAGAAUUUCACCAUUAACUACGCCGUGAAGCGCCUCGAUUUGGGAGGCAAGGCAUUGACUAAUUAUCUCAAGGAACUGGUGUCUUAUCGUGCCGUUAAUGUUAUGGAUGAGACUUUCAUUAUGGACGAUGUCAAGGAGAAGCUCUGCUUCGUCUCUCUUGAUGUCCCUCGCGAUCUCCAGAUUGCCAGGAGACCUGGGAAAGAUAAUCUCUUUAGAUGUACAUAUGUCCUUCCUGAUGGUAUCACAUAUAUGAAGGGUUUUGUAAAAGACCCAAAUGAAGCAGGGAGAUACCGCACUUUGGAUGGCGAAGCCCCUCCAUCAACAGUAACAAAGGAGGAUAUGGAUCAGUGUGAAGUUACAGAAAAGCCCGAGGACAGAAGGAGAAUUGAUUUAACAAAAACUGAGUUUAACUUGACAAAUGAGCGCUUCCUAGUCCCAGAGAUGAUCUUCCGUCCUGCUGAUUUGGGCAUGAACCAGGCUGGGUUAGCAGAGUGCAUUAUCCGAGCUGUCAACUCCUGUCAUCCUGAUCUUCACCCUGUACUCUAUCAAAGCAUUAUUUUGACUGGUGGAAGCACAUUAUUUCCUCAGUUUGCACAAAGACUAGAAAUGGAGCUUCGACCUCUUGUACCUGAUGAUUACCAAGUCAAGAUAACAACUCAAGAAGAUCCCAUAUUAGGUGUGUGGCGUGGGGGAUCACUUUUGGCAUCUAGCCCUGAUUUUGAAGCUAUGUGUGUCACCAAGUCUGAGUACGAGGAGCUUGGAUCUGCUCGGUGUCGCAAGCGAUUCUUUCAUUGAGUGAUGAAAUGAAGAAGAUUCUCAACUGGACAAUGCACAAGGAAAAAUGCAGCUGAAUGUUCACUGUUCUUUCAGGUUUUGUAAGCAUGAUUUACAUGAGAAGUGGAAAACUGGUUUGAAGUUGAAGCGUUGAUCUUCAUGAUGUGGUGACAUGCUACUGUCUGGGUUCUCGGCUGUUUGUUUCUUCCAGCUGAAGUACUCUUUUAAGACUUGAGCUUCAUGUUUGCCUAUCAAGACACACUCAAGUCACCUUAUAUCAGGGAGAAGAAUGAAUCUGAGGACGAAGUGUCCGCAGCAUUGUUGGGAUGUGCAAGAAGAUUUUGUACUUUCAACCAUGAAUUUUAGAGAUGGUGACACUCCCAAUUGAGAUUGCUGCUUGCUGACUCCUGUUUUCGAAAGUCCCACCUGAUUUGGGCUUACUGCUGAGGCUUCGGUAAGAACUAUACAAUCUUGUAGUCUUUAAGAAGAAUGUGCAUUCAGGCCUAGGUCUUUGGCAUCUGACUAUCUUGCUUAAUCCAGUGACUCUAUACAUUGGGGCUAGUGGUUGUUUUUGUUUAAUCCUGUUAUUUGUGUCUCUGAGAUAUUUAUUGCAUUAGAAAUGUAGCCACGAGAUCUCUUCAUCCGUGGUCCAUAGAUGUGGGUUUAAUUUAUCCAAAUUUGUAGAUGGCAAGUUGUGAUUUUAGUGAUGUUAAUUUUGCACUUUUGGACUCCUCACUUCAAGAAGGAAAAAAAAGGAUGUCAUUGCUUCA